ACAGAAGAACUUCAGAAAAUUUAUAGCUGCACUCUCUAACUUUCAUACCGGACCAACAUUUCCUGUAUUUGAUGUGGGUCUUAUAAUCUAAGAUACUGACACCCGAGAGGAAACCCCUUCCAGGUUUCCAUGCUCCAGGUCAAUCCCGCCUCUCUGCAGCACCCCAGUGCUGAAGUGAGGGAGUAUGCCUGUGCCGGGAUUUCCAAGCUGCUGCAGCAGAAGCACGUCAUCCCAGCCUUUGUGCAGCAGGACGUGGUGCGCUGUCUGGGGCCCUUGCUGAUGGAUCCCAGCUUAGCUGUCAGGGAGACUGCUGCAGGUGCUCUCCGAAAUCUGAGUGCUUGUGGAGGAUUUGAUGUCUGUGAUGACAUGGUGACAAGUGACAUCAUGACACCCCUGGUUGUACUUCUCAAAGAGUGCAGCACUGAACUGGAUGCUAACCAGCUCUCUCCAAAGAAAUGCAAAGAGAGGAACAAAAAUUAUACUGAAGACAUAGCCAAUGAGGCUAUUAAUUUGCUGUGGAAUAUAUGUGAAUGCAACAAUACUGCCCUAUACAUAUUCAAUAAAGAAGGAUGUUUGGAGGCUGUGUUACGUUAUAUGAAGAAAUUUGCCACAAAUGUGGAUCUGGCUAUUUCAGUAGCAAACUGCUUGCAGGCAGUGACAGAAGAUAAUCCAGAUCUUCUUUCUUCAUUUAAUGCUUCUGCACAACAAAUGUUGGAAACAGUGAUGCUGAGUCCAGAGAGCACCAUGAAGCACAUCCUUCUGAGAACACUGAUAGCAGGCACUAUCUGGAAUAUAAAGGAUACCAUUCCACCAGGCAGCCUGGGAAGCACAGUUAAUGCAAUCCUGAAGGUAUUUUCAGAAUCAUUGGCAAUAGACGCUGGUGAAACAAUUAUUCGUAUGAAUGAAGCUGAAAAAAACGGGUUAAAAUUUCCUGUGGAAGCAGAAACUGAGGAAAACAUGGGCGAUACUACAGAAAACUGUGCUUUGAGUGAAGAUAAUAACAUGGAAGAAAUACCAAAAGGAAAAGUCAGAAGAGAAAAUGACGUUUCAGAUUUACUUCCAUCUGAUAAGUGGGAACUGAAAGAAGUGACAGCUUUACUGACGGCUCAGCAGACUGCUCUGGAAAUCAUUGUUAAUAUGUGCUGCAGUGAAGAUCCAUCCGAUGAUGAGUGGGAAGAACUCUCCAGCAGUGAUGAGAGUGACUUGUUCAUGGAAAACUCUUACAACGAGGGGAGUGGGCUGCUACUGUCACCCCUGUGCCUCUCUGAUGAAGUUAACUCAGCAUUUCUGAACAACCUCAUUCCAAAGAAGAUUCUUGAAAAAACUGCUUUUCCGAACAGUGUUGCUCUAGACAUCUGUAUGCACAAUCCGUCUUGGAAGCCAUUAAUUAAAAAACUGAAUGCAGUGCAGUGUAGAGCUUUAACGUGUCUUCAGAGCAUUUUGUUGGUGUCAGAUGUGGAUUGUCUUGGGGGAGCUUCAGCACUUCAGUCCCUUGCACAGCAUCUCUCACAGCUGAUCUUUUCUAAAACAGAACUCCCUACAGACACAGAAUUCCUGGAAGCUGUAACCAGUGCUUUGAGGGCUCUCCUGCAAACAAUGGCAUCAAAGAACAUCCCCCAGUGUAUGACUCCUGAGCAGCUAUUGGCUUUAUGUGAGGCUGGUAUUCAAAGCAGCAACACCAGUGUUAGAGUGAACAUGGUGAGCAUCCUUGGAAUUUCUGGCAGUGUCCUGGCAAAAGGACAAGGUGCAGCUGAAACACUGAAGAUGAUUGGAAAAUUUCUUCUUGAGGUUGCUAUGAAGGAGUCUUCUCUUGUGGUAGCAGGGGAAGCCUUGGAUGCACUUUUUGAUGUAUUUGCAGAUGGUGAAGAAGCAGAAAGGGCAGCAUUACAGAUCAAGUUGCUUCCAACACUGAAGGAAUUUCAGCCAGUGUUCAGAAUGAGGAUGCGAAAAGAAGGCAAAGGACAAUAUAGUACAGAUCAACUGUGUGUUCUUGACAAUGUGAAAAUGAAUUUGAGAAGAUUCAUUGCAUAUCAGGAAGCACUAGGGAAAACCCCAGCUUGAAACACCGAGGAACUUUUAAGGUUUUCCUUAUUGAGUAAUGUUUUCAAAAAAUAUAACUGUUUUGAACUUCCAAACUUUACUGAGGAGAGCAGUUUUGCUUUGAUGUUAAUGCUACAUUUUAUAACAUUCAGUAUUUUUAUACUUUCGGGUUGAUGCAAUAUGAAGGACAUAUCAGCAUAAAAAGCCCUGUAGCAUACCCUGAGAUUGUUGGAGUGGUGAGAAGGUGCUCUUCAGGUCCUGAGGUCUGUACAUGCACCAUGGUCAUUGCUUAGAUAUCUUCAUGUACCCUGGCAGAAAACCACACCUGUGUGAAAAAUAAUUAUGAAAAUAUUCUUGGUCAUGUGACAUUGAAAAAAAAAAUUCAAGGUCUAUUUCAGGGAAUGGAGCAGUGGGAGAAUGUUCAUAUUUGCUAUUUGCUCUUACCUGUUCCUAGAAUUACAGAAGCACUUAUGGCAGACUUCCCAAAAGAAGUGUAUGACAAAUGUGUAGAUUCCUGUCAGCACUUGUAUCUGUUAUUCCAUGAGGUUCAUGAGGAGAAAAUUUUCAGAUUCAUUUAUGAUAAAUUCAGUAUGAUAGCUUUUUGCUGUGAAAAUCAGUGUAAGCAGAUCCUACACUUAGACACAGCACCCUGUCUUUAUUUUGAUUAGUAUUUCUGAAAAUUAAGUCUCCUAUUUUACAGUCGUCCUUGUAAUUCUACAUCAGCACAAGUUUGAAUUCAGAGAAGUAGUAAACCUAAUGGAAAGUAUUUUUAUACUGUGGUAAAUAUAAUUUUUUUUUAUACUGAGGUAAAUGUAAAUUUACCUGAAGUAAAUUUAUAUUUGCUUAAAAUAACUUUUGCAAAUAUCUGUGAUGGAGAUUUUUAAGAUGUAAAAUACAGAAAAUAUUUUUUUAAACUAUCAUUGAUUCAUGCAAAUUGUAUUUUAUAUUCCAUAUAUCAAAAGCUUUGGUUUUGUUUCUGUGAGUGAGGUCCUCUCAUACAGAUUUUUCAAGGAAAAAACCCAUAACUAAACACAAAAUCAUUUUGUUUUGCUGGUUUUUGAAAUGGGAAGGUUUCUUCCCUCUCUCUCAAUGUGCUGCUUUAGCUCAGGCAUCCAGUUUAUGGCAAAAUUUUUCCCAUGUUAAAAGCAUGGAACUUAAAAUGACCAAAUUUGCUUGGUUUGUUAGAUUUCAAUCUCUAAGUUUGGAAAGUAGACUUGAAAACUGACUGGUAACUUGCAAAAUACUGACUUUCUGAAAUCCUGACCAAGAGGAAGGAAAGAUGAGUUUAAGCUGCCUGGAAGUGCUGUUUCUGCUGUUAAUUUACAGGAGUCAGAUGAAAUGUGUGAUGCGAUUGGGAGGGCUCAAGGGCCACUGAGGCUGGACUAGAGAACACCAGGAGUCAAGAGCAUGGGGCAGGUGAGAGGUUAUUCAGGGAUUUGGCAAGGCAGGCAGUGAAGAGGUCUGGAGUGUAACAGCUGAGGAAAGGUGGAUUAUGGCAUAAUACCCUACAGUGUGUGGAUUUUAAUCCUGGUGUUAGUUAUACUUGUGUACACUGAGGAUAGCCUGAUGAAAGGUAUUAGUGUUUGUUUGGAGCACCUAAAGGACUUCCACAUGGAAAGUUCUGAUCUCAUUUUCUGGGUGCUACAUUGAAUUGUAGUUGUUCUUGAUUGGAAGGGGUCUCUGGAGGUCUCUUAGUCUGGUCCUCUGAUCAAAGCAGGGCUGACUUGGGAGACAGGCUGUUCUAGGCCUUGAACAUCUCCCAGAAUGGAAAUUUUACAACUCUGGACAGCCUUUUCCAGGGCUUGACUGCUGUCACUGGAAACACAUUUUUUUUCCAUUUGCCCCUUGUGCCUUCUAGGACUUUCCCCUGCUGCAAAAUGUGCCUCUUGUCCUUUGACUGCAUGCCACCAAGAAGAGCCUGGCUCCAUCUCCUAACCCCCACUUGGCAACUGAAGACACCAAUUGUAUUUCCCUCUUCUCCAUGCCAAAUAAACCCAGCUCUCUCAGCUCUUCCUUGUAUGCCCUCUCACUCUCCAGCCAUCUUAGUGGCCUUCUGCUUGGCCUGCUUUACUGUGUCUUGUACUGAGGGCCCAAAACUGGACAUAGAUGUGAUCUCUUAGAUGCUGAAUAGAGGCAAGUAGUUGGUUUUCUUGUCCUGCUGGCCAUGCUCCUGCCAGCACAGCCUGUUAUUUGUUAGCUGUUGUCACUGCAAGGGUGCCCUGCUUGCUUGAAUUUACUGUCCACCAGGACCCUUUGGUCCUUCUUUCCAAAGCUGUCCUUAGGUCAUUCAGUCAAGAGCACUGUCCCAAAUGUAGGACUUUGCAUUUUACAAGUGUAGCAGCCAGAAUCUGUUCCCUGGGGACCAUUAGAAAACCAAAGUAUGUUAUUUUUCAUUUUGGCUUUUUCUUUUAGGUUGAUAACAACAAGAAACAUUUAAUCAAACAUUUAAACAAAUACACAUCUGGAAGUUGCAGAUAAAUAUACAGAAGAUAGGGCAUCCACUAUAAAAAUGGUUUUCUUAAUUUAAUCACUUAGACCCUGGUUUUUUUUUGUUCAGGUGAAAAAACAGACUGACAUUUAGAUCUUAAACUAUUCUGGCAAUAGGAAGGCACGGAUUAUUUUUUUUGCUAUGCACUGACCAGCUGAAUGUCUUGAAAAAACAAUUCACAAUGAGAUUGGUGCACAGUACAAACCAUAUCACUUAAAGAGGAAUGUGAAUGCAUCUAUGGAAGACAAAGCAAGUUAUGAAUGAUUUAAAGAAGCAUCAAAUCGGGGACUAAAACCAGAUGAGAUGCACAGGCACAAAAGAGCUAAACUACAAGAUUGAUGCUACAGAAGUUGUUCUUCCUUGUUUCCAACUGAGGAAAAUGAAGUCAGCAGCAGAAGUGAUGAUAAUGUGCAAAUUAGAUAUUUUGGGGGCUCUUUGAACACUGGUUUAUUUAAUAGGUCUAGGGUAAGCUUCAGACAAAGACAAGAUCUUUUACACUCUACAAAGGGGAAGACUGAUCUUGAUGUCAGAAAUUGGACUGAUGUAAAUAGUGUGUAGCAUAAGUAAAUAGAUUCUAAAUAUACGUAAGUGAUCAUCAAUUCAUCUAAUCACACAGAUAAGACUGGUAUCGAAACAGGUGUCUGAAUUGGGCUGCUUAUUCUGGUCCCUAAGGCAUCAUCUGUCUGCUUCAGUUAAAAAACACAGUCCUUGGAAAGUAUGGAUUGCUGCUCUACUUGUGUCCCUGCCUGAUGCUGAGCACAACAGCCUGGCUCUGAGCUGAGCUGUAAUACCAAAAUAGGUGCUGAGUUUGCCUUGCUCUGGUAUCAAGUAGAGUCUGAAGGAGGCUGUGGGUCCCCUGCCCUGUUCAGGAGCAGCAGGACCGCUGACAUUUUCUGCUUCCAGCAAAAUGUUGAAUUCCCAGCUAUGGAAAAAAGGAAUUACCACUUGUGUGGUUUUAUUCUUGCUCUCUGUGGAAAGAAAAAAGUGGCAAAAUUUGAAUGUGUAUUUGUUGUUUAUGCAUCAUGCGAGUAACUUCAACCAGUAGUACUUGGUUUGGUUUGAUGUUUGCAUUUUGAGAAACAAAUGUGAAAACUGAGAGCGCAGUAAAAUUACAGAAUGAGAACUGCAUGUGAGAACUAACAAAUUUAAAAUUAGUUUGUGGUUUAAGUAUUAUAAAUUAAAUUAAUACCUUGUGGAAUAUUAACAUAAAACAACCAACCAAAAAUGCCCAUAAACUCAAGUCCUGUUUCUUCAGUGAGGGAUUUUCAGUAAAAACAUUCCUGAGGAUUGGACAGAAAAUUCUAGCUUUACAUUUACUGUUGCAAAUUCCAAUUCAGGCAAUGGUAGUGCCUGAAAAUAAUUGAAAAUAAUGUAAUUGUUCCUUUCUGGCACAAGUGACUUGAGCAAACAAUCUAUAUAUUGUUUGUUCUGGACAAGUUGUUAAGAUACAUAACUUAAGGAUAAUUGGCAAAAUCUGAGGACUCUGACAGACAGCAGAUUAAGGAACUUGAAGGUUUUCCACCAGGGCUGACACAUGGUGAGCCUUUCUGUUUGAAGAAGCUUUGAGUCGUGGGGUUUUUUUCAGUCUAAUUUUCAGAUAAUUUAAACCUGCUAAUUUUUGUAACUUUUGGGAAAAAGUGAAGGCAUUAAAGUAAAUUCACUUAAAUUUCAUUUUGUUUCUGUAUAAUUUUUGUAAGUUUCUUCUCUCUGUGAGAGGCAUUUUGUCACACAUACUGACCUAAUAAAGCCUAGUUUGAGGCUUGCACACAUGAGGAUAUAGGAACAUGCUUUUUUCUUUCGAAUCUGGGUGUUGGGAGCUCCGCGCAUUACUGUUACAUGAUGGGUUUUAAUCAAACUAAUCAAAGUAAGACCCCAUGAUAAUAAUCUGUAUGCUGUUGGACUCUGGCUGCUGCGUGUUCUCAGCAUACAGUGAGGGUCCUGAUGCAGCCCUGGCCUUGUGAGUGCUCACCUAAAUCCCUGCGCCAUGCUGAAAGAUGCAUUGGGCUUUCAGUAAAGCUUCUUCUGGUUUUGUGUUCCUGCUAUGAUAAAAAGCCCAUUUAGAAUUGUUUUCUUUCUCCUCUGACAUGAUUUUUUUUUCAACUUUUAAGGAAUAUUGCAUUAGCCUCUUCCCUCCUCUCUGCCCCUUCAAAUGGAGAGUGAAAAGCACUUCCAGAACUUCAUGGAAGAAUGGCUGAUUCAGCUAGUUGAAUGCAUGAUGUUUCCAGAUAACCUUUCCUGGGAAGUUCCUUUUUUGGUAAAUAAAGGAGUUAAAAUUCAAAGCAGUGAUCAAAAAAAAUCCAAUUUGACCAUAUUAAAGUGUGGGCUUUGUUUUUUACACCCCCACCAUGGCAUACUUGCUAAUCUAAAACAUUUGUGUUACUAUACCACCUAUAUUAGGUCUUGGCUAUAUUUGCUUGGGACUAGGGUUGCUACUGAGGAAUCCUGUAAAUUAAUAAACCUCAGACCUAUAACAAAACUUGCUGACAUUUAUGUGCUAUGAGUGUAGACUAAAUCAUUGGUUGUUGCAGAAUUAGCUUUAUUAAAAAAGGAAACAAAUCAGUUAUUUUUCGGGUUGCUGUCACCUUCUUAAGGGUAAUGUAAAAUCUUUUAUUUGACUUAUACUUUGUUGCAUUUUUUUAAAAGUUUGCUAGUUGAAACGUUUUUAUUUGAAUUUUUGAUUUGCAGGGAAUAUCGUUUAGACUCCUCUUGCUACCUUUUCCCGCUACACUUAUAAUUCUCAGAAUAACUGAAGAAUGUGGGGUUUGGAAAAUAGGGUUAUUCAUAGUGGUUAUUUCCCAAUUCCAAGACUAUGUUCAAGUCCCACCAGUUUCCAUUUGGCUUUCACUAGUAGUUCUAGGUGCAGGUCCUAAUUUUCAAAGCAAUUAAGUUUGUCAACACAACCCCCAAAUUUAACCCUCUUGCUGUGGUUCAUUUUCUCUUGGGCAAUGCAGAUCAGACACGCUGUGACAGAACAGAGGAGUGCUGAGGACAGUAUGUUCUGCUCUGGGAUGGUGGGGAGAAGCCAGAACUUCAGUCUUUGGUUGUCACCAGGAAAUGGUGCUAAGUCUUUGCAAACUGUUCCCUUCACAGAAUGUUUGAAAUUGGAAUAUGACUUUUUAAUUCUAAACCCUCCACCUCCAGCUUCCUAAAGAGAAAUCAUCUCCCAUGCAAUUCUGCAAGUGGGGGAAGCACCAGGCCCUUCGUGCAAAACACUGGAAACUUUGUCGCUGAUCUUAAAGAUGUUUUAAGGCUGUAGUAUGAAAACACUAAAAAUAAAACCGAGUCUGACAAGAA